AUGGCGACUCUGUGUGUAGGUUCGCGGCAAUUCACUACCACUGAUUAUGCAACCGGCGUUUUAAAGAAGCUACAAGAACAGAGGAAAUGCAGAGUGUUCUGUGACGCAACCUUGAGGAUACAGGAAAAGGAAUGGUUCGCCCAUCGAGCGGUUCUUUCAGCGUGCAGUCCAUAUUUCGAAGCUGCUUUCAAAAGCGGGUUGACGGAGACUCGUUAUGGGGUCAUUGACUUGACGUACAUUGCCCCUAACGCAAUGUCUGCGCUUCUGCAGUACAUGUACACUGGUGUAAUCGCAUUCUCUGAAAUUGAUGUCGAAGACAUAUUGCAAGGAUCCGACUACUUUGGAAUGGAAGAGGUACGAUCGUUUUGCACGGCUUAUCUGCAAGAAAACGUAACAUUAACAAACACUAACUGUUUUGUUGCAAAAAGCUUAGGGGACAAGUUCAACAUCAAAGCGCUGAGUACCGCAGCAAAGGAAUAUUUUAGAAAUCAUUGUUAUGAAAUUCUAUCAACUGACACGUAUCUGCCUUUGUCAUACGGACAAUUACUGGAAUUCCUCGAGGAUGACUUGAAUAUUGUUGAAAUCGUGAAAGAUGGUGACAUUGUAUGCGGAGAAGAGAGUGUAUUGAAAGCCGUAUUCAAAUGGGUUGAAUAUGACCCAGAAAUUAGGACAGCGUUCGCGCCUGAACUUUUGAAACGAUGCGUGCGUUUUAAGAGCAUUCAAAAGAAACCACUGGACUUACUAAUGGAAGGAAAUCCAGAGCUCCGUUCAUUGAUUGAUGAUAAGUUGUUGUACACAUCCAAUAAAGAGCGUACGGGUGAUUCGUCUGUCGAUUCUCAAGGAGUGAAAAGAGCGCGGCGUGGCAGGCUAGUCGAUGUGUUGGCAGUCUGUGGCGGCACAAACUAUUCAGUUGAAUCAAAUCACAUGUACGCAAACGUGUUAGAACAGCGUCGGUGGAUAGCCUUGGCUGAUUUACCCGAAGCAGUGUUUGGUGCUGCAGCAGUCUGUCACGCUGGAAAAGUAUAUGUGUGUGGGGGUCUGGUGAAAAGAGGGAAGUCGAGUACUGUCCGAAGUACUCUUUUCUGCUAUGAUCCUAUGUUAAACUCCUGGAAAAUAUUAUCGCCAAUGAACACAGCAGUUCAGAGGCACAGUUUUGCUGCAUGUAAUAGUGGCCACCUUUACGUCAUUGGUGGUCUUGCCGAACAUACUGUCUGUCGCGAUGUGCAGUGUUAUAAUAUACAGAGUGAUGUCUGGACAAAUAAGCGCCCUCUGCCUGCAGCAAGAUGCGAUACUUUAGCAUUCACAUCUAAUAACCGUGUGUACAUAGUCGGAGGAUGGGAUUCUUCUGUCGACUACACGGACUCCUCGACUGGCACGCUUUGCUGUUACAACCCAGAAACUGACACUUGGAUAGACUUAGCACCGCUACCUCCCGGAUGUGACGUCAAUACAUCUUGCUGGGUGCUCCCAGUUGACGUGGAAGAGGGCCGUAGACGAUUUUUAGUGACUGACUUCCGUCGACAAGCUUUCAUUUACCACGUUGAUAAGAAUGUUUGGACUGAAGUCGGCGAUAGUUUUAAGAAGCUGCGCCCGGGAUCGACGGCAAAGUCUUGCUGUGUCUGUGAGAAAACUUCACGUGUACUCACCCUCUCAUCCUGUCGUUCGUUUUUCCAAUGGGACCGUGAGACGCUGACUAGGUUGGAGAGAAUACCACCGUCUCCCCAACAACAAACGAACGUCGCAAUAACCUUACCUCAUCAAUUUUCAACUGUUCUUCAAAUUCCAUGUCAAUUUAUUUGACUUGUCAUGCAACAUUUGCGUGGAAAAUUCUCGAUGCAAUGGGCAAUUCAACCUCAUACAUAUACAUUAAAAUGUCGUAUAUGCUGUACGUGAGUGGAUGUGGUCACAGUAGGUAAAUUUUAUGGUCAGGUCCAAUAUGGACUGAGAGAUGACUUGUAGGCUUGGACGAUAGAUCGACUCGCAAACACGAUAAUACUAUCCGGCAAUUGAUACAUGACAAAUGAUUGAGGCCUUGCGUAGAUAUUAGUGCUGUUGAGUGAUUUUAUUUUUACAAGUGAUAUAUCAUAUCCGACAAAACUUAAUGGAGGUGUAAAGAGUACCCACAUUGUCCCUCUUCGUGUCGUAGAUCCCAGAGACAUUUUCAAUGCUAGAAUAUUUAACGAUUCCCACCUACUCGCGAAAAUGUGUCUCGCGAAAUUAUAGCUGUUUCCAGUCCCUGAAUUCUUGUUCGUGCGGUGAAUAUGCCGCGCAUGCGCAUCGUUAUAAUUAUAUUUUAAUGAGCAUAUCAUUCUUGAAUGUAAAGUCAAGCGUUUGUCAAUUUCCUUAAAAAUAACCGAACUGCUGUUUUGUGUCACACUGCACUAUUCAUAUUGCUGCAAUUGAUACACGUCAUAAGGACCGAUUUACAUGUUAACUUUGCGUCCAUCGGCAACUGGAACGUAGACGAACUUGAAUUGGCAUGUGUGUAACCAUAGCAACUGAAUCCGAGUACAGUAACAUUUCAAGUGCAGUUCAUGGAAAUCCC